AACGUCAUUUCCUGGGAAUCAUUAGAGAAGCCCGAGAGCGUUUGUUCUUGCAUUAGUUUAGUGGUAGGUAGCCACAUAGAGCCAGUUAGUGCAGAGUUUGGUGUGUACGGUGUAAAGAUACGUGACUUCAGCGGCGCUAUGGCUGACAAAAUGGAUAUGUCGCUGGAUGAUAUUAUUAAGAUAAACAAGCAGCAGCGAGGGGGCGGCGGGGCGCGUGGCGGUAGAGGCCGUGGUAGGGGAGGGUUGGGCGGAGGACGAGGCGGUAACGUCGGCCGACUUGGAGGCACCGGAGGAGGCGGCUUUGGGGGCCGAGGCGGCGGAUCGGGCCCUUUUCGGAAUCGACAAACCCUAAGCCGGGGUAGAAGCAGACCUACGCCGUACAGCAGGCCCAAGCAGCUCCCCGACAAAUGGCAGCACGACCUGUUUGAUAGCGGCUAUGGUGCAAGUGCCGGAGGAGGUGCAGCUGGCGUGGAGACAGGCGGCAAACUGCUUGUGUCCAACCUUGACUUUGGGGUCUCUGAUGCAGAUAUCCAGGAGCUGUUUGCAGAGUUCGGGACACUAAAGAAAGCGGCGGUGCACUAUGACAGGUCAGGCCGCAGCCUGGGGACGGCGGAUGUCCACUUCGAGAGGAAGGCCGACGCGCUGAAAGCCAUGAAGCAGUAUGAUGGGGUCCCACUCGAUGGUCGCCCAAUGAACAUCCAGUUGGUCACGUCGCAGAUUGACACACAGAGGAGGCCUGUCGUGCAGGGUUUGAAUCCAGUAGGUGGCCUCAACAGGAAUCGAAUCGGGGGCAGUUUUGGAGGGAUGACGAAGCGGGGCGGCAGGGGUAGCGGGACCAGGGGACGGGGACGCGGAAGAGGCGGACGUGGUGGUAACAGGCAGCAGCUGUCUGCUGAAGAGCUGGAUGCGCAGCUUGAUGCAUACAAUGCAAGGAUGGAUACCAGCUAGACAUAAAGCACUCUGAACCGUAUCUGUCAGCUACUCUCAGCCUUGGCAAUAAAUCGCUUGCCGACUUUGAGCAGUAGUCAUGGGAUGUUUUACUUCAGCUCUCAUGCAUUUUAAAAUUUUCCAGAGAGGCUUUUUUUUUUCUCCGCAUUCUACUUUUCUUUGUACCUUUUGGACUGUAGGAUAUAAAAGGAUGUAGUUGCUUUGUUUUGUCUUGAUCCCUUUUUGCAUCAUUGUAAUAAACCUGCAGUGUCUGUUAAUGCCGCAAUGACUGCCUGUUCAUUUGUGAUGCCAGUACAAAUGAAGGAGGUUUACUUCGUGUGGAUUUUUAAAUGUUUCUACUGAGAUUUGAAUUUAGCCAUUGCAGUUUCGGCUGAGAACAGCAGCCUUUUAUUCUAGCCAGGUUUAACCUUUGUGAUGCUCUUAUUUUUUUACUUGGUUGCUGGACAUUGUUACCCUUUGUAUUUGUAACAGCCUGGUUGUGUGUUAGCGGUUCUGUUCAGUGACUGAAGGGCUGGUCCAUGGUGACCAAUCAUGAACUUGAUGUAUCUUCCAAACCAUCACCAUUGGCUGUAGGGAAGAGGUGAUACCAUGACCAAAUAAAUAGCCGUAUGUUUAAGCAGUGUGUGAGAUCCUGUACAUAUUUGCUUCUGUCUGCUUUGGUCAUUGCUUUGCAUUUUAUCAAUAUCAAUUAAAUGUUUCUGCAGUGUU